UUGUAGAAGACAAGAAUUCCAUUGCUGUAUAUUUCAGAAGAAUGAAAUUGAGAGAGCAUACCACUGCAAGAGAUGUAAAUGAAAAACUUGAUGUGAUUAAAGGGCUUGGAGAAGAAGUAGAGACAAAGUUAUCACAAAGACCACAAUUGGCAGAGUUAACUUCAUACAGUCACUCAUUGAUAGAAGGAUUACAAGCAAGAGUAGCUAAUCUCAAGCUUUCUAGGAAAAUGGCUAAAAUGGGUUCAAUGAUCAAUGACAGUCUGUCAUCAUGGACACAGUGGAAUGUACACAUGCCUCAUGACAGUUUCUUGGUAUAUAAUAGAAUGGGAGAGAUUGAAGGCAGACUAGUGGUAGGAGGUCAUGAUGGUAAUCUGCAUGUUCUCACUUAUAAAAAUGAUAAGUGGGACAAGUUUGUCAGAAAGAAUGGUCACAUCAGUAAUGUAGUGUGUUAUCAAGGUGUGUGUCUGGUGUGUGUGGAGGAUGUAGAUAAAGAUCAGUUUGUGAUUGAACAAUUUUAUUUGAAUGAAGACAACAAAUGGCGUUUCCUCACAGUUCUACCAAACGAACUGCAGUUGGAAUGCGUAUCUGUUGCUCUUCAUGACAACUCACUGUAUGUGGUGGGUGGUGUGACUAAGUCAGGGGAGAGAGUGAACACAGCAUGUGUGUGUGACCUUCACAGCGGUCGUUGGUAUAAGAUGGAUGACAUGCAAACAAAACGUCAUUACUGUUCUUCUGUUAUUAUAAACAACACAGUGUUUGUAGGGGGAGGAGUGACUGAUGGACCUUACUAUAGUAAUAUUGUUGAGUGUGCAGAUGUUCGUGAUAGAAAAUGGAGAACAAUUCCCUCUACAACCACAUAUAGACCUACAAUGACAGCAGUCAGUAACAGACUGGUGGGGACUGGAGGAAUGACACAAGAUUGUUUUGGUUCUCCUACUAAUAUUGUAGAAUUCUAUGAUGAGAGAUCUACCAAAUGGCUUCCUCUUCUACACAUGACACACAAACGGGUGACACAUGCUGCAUUCUCAACUCAGAAUGGAGAACUCUUCACAGCAGGAGGGGAUUAUGAACAUUCAAUAGAAAGUCUGAAGUGUUACUAAUAUUCCAUGUUCUUUCAAUUUGUGUGUUUUUGUUAUAUUGUAAUCUCUAGUGAUUGUCCAAAAGACAAUUUAUUGUAACAUUUGGUGUGUGUAACAUAAACUAGAUAUUUAUUGUAAAUCAUUGAUAUUUAUGUUUCUAUAAAUUUCACUGUAAACGUACUGUCCAGUAACUUCAAGUGUCAGUAAACCUACAUUACAUAUCU